GCUGGUUUUUGGGACGCUGUACCCUGCCUACGCCUCCUACAAGGCUGUCAAGACCAAAAACAUCCGGGAAUACGUCCGCUGGAUGAUGUACUGGAUUGUUUUUGCGCUCUUCAUGGCCACGGAGACCUUCACCGACCUCCUCAUCUCUGGCUGCUGGCUUCCUUUCUACUACGAGGUUAAGAUGGCCUUCGUCAUCUGGCUCAUCUCCCCCUACACCCAGGGGGCCAGGCUGCUCUACCGUAAAUUCGUCCACCCCACGCUGUCCCGCAAGGAGAAGGAGAUCGACACGUACAUCAUCCAGGCCAGGGAGCGCGGCUACGAGACGAUGGCGCGCCUUGGCAAGAGGGGCCUCACCAAGGCAGCAAACACGGACGUUUUUUUUGCCGGGAACGGGAGCCAGGGCGCGCUGGCCGGGCGGCUCUGCAGCUUCAGCAUGCAGGACCUGCGCUCCAUCCCC